GGUUCGUGGUUGCGCAUUUUGUUUUAGAUCUAUAGAGCCUUCCUUCUUUGUAGAUUCAAGUAAGAGGUUUGCUGUUUUUAACUUAUGCUCUCAGUUGCAAAGUCUUGUGUUACUGGCUGAAGUAGCUAAGAAGGUAGCUAGCUCGAUAAAACGGUCACGCACAACAUAUGACAAUGGUUUGAUAACACCGGAGAUGCUGGCAAUUAGUGUCAAAAUGAAAACCUCACUACGUUUUUUACUGCUUAUCUUUAUGUCCUUCAGCCAUGCAGUUGGUUACAUUGAUAACUGUGCAAAAAUACAACCAGAUUCUGCACAGACAAUUCCAGUUGAACUAGACAAGGAAUUCACAGCUACCUGCAUUCUUCAUCCAAAUUCAAAGUACAGCGCAGACAACAUUGAAUGGCUCUUUGGAAAUAUUACUGUUCCACAUGAGUUGUACAAGAAAAGUAAACAACCAGCUGUUGCUGUCACUGUGAAAGUAAGCAGUGACAUGAAAAACCCACUGAUUUGUAAAGCACAUAAAAAAUCUCCUUCAUAUGAAGAACCAUGCAAUUAUGGUAUCUUCCUUGAUAAAGGAUAUCCACCAUUAAAGCCACAGAAUCUGCGAUGUGUUGCUCUUCAACAUAACAGAUCGGUGUCUCCUAAUUUGACUUGUUUGUGGGAUCCCGGGGAAAGAAAACCAAUAUUUAUCACCAACUAUACACUCAAAGCAAAGACUGGAACAAACACAUACUCAGCCUUCUCUGUUGACCCACUCUGCCGCAACCUCACUGUAAACCUUGACACUUUUCCCCAUUAUAUGGAAAUAAAUGUGUCGGUCGAAGUGAAUAAUGUAUUGGGCUCUGUGAAAUCGAAGAAACUGCAAAAUGAUCCAGAAUGUUUUGUAAAACCAAAUCCACCAUUAGAAGUGAAAUUAAUUCCAGAAGCCAAUUUCCCAACAUCUUUAUUGGUUACCUGGAUCCAUCCCAUUCACAAAGCAACCUUCGUGCUUAAGUACAACAUCAGAUACUGCCAUGUAGGCUCCCAUGUUUGGGAACAGGUACCCCAAAGCGCCACUGAGUCAUACAUUGAGUCCUUCAGGCUGCAGUUCCUUCAGCCCUACACUGAUUAUGUGGUUCAGAUGCGCUGCAUUAAUCAGAAGGGCAGUUACUGAGUGACUGGAGUACCCAAUGCAACAGCUCGCACACCAGAAGCCAAGCCUGAAAGCAAAUCAGAUCUGUGGAGAGUCUAUAGAGAAAAUAAUACAGUGGUGAAGCUGAUUUGGAGGUGAAAUGAUCCUGUGAAAUCCAAUGGAAAAAUAUUAGGAUAUAACAUCACAGUUGAAGAAAAUGGGGUCAGUGCCGAGAGACAUGUUGUCCAUUCUAAAGAGCACCAGUUGCAUAUAAAGGGGGAAAAGAUGUUUAUCAGAAUGACUGCACACAAUUCUGCAGGUGUUUCUCCUGUGGCUUCUUUAGUGGUUCCAAGAUCUAGCCAGGUGCUCCGAGCUGGAGCAGAACAGGUGCGCUGGUCAGUCCGAGAUGGGCAGCUGUGGGUGGACUGGCUCCCACCCUCUGGUUCCAAAUGGCUCUUACGUGUCUUUGAGUAUGUGCUAGAAUGGGUCUCGGUACCUGAAGGAAAAAGGGACUGGCAGAGAGUCUUGGCCAAAAAAAAUGCCAGCUCAUACAGUGUUCUGCUUAAAGGUAACUUUGAGCCAUUUGUACGCUACAAAAUAUCAGUCUGUCCAAUUUAUGGACUCAAGCAUUCCAACUUGUAUUAUAACCUACCAGGAGACAAGGUCACUGUAGAAGCCUAUCUCAAACAAGGACCUCCUCUACGGGGCCCCUCUGUUGAAGCAACUGAAACACAGAAAAACAGUGUUCACUUGAAAUGGGAGGAGAUACCAGUUACCAGUCAGCGUGGAUUUCUCACCAAUUACACCAUCUUCUAUAAAACAGGAGAUAAUGAGCAAUUUGUUGUUGUUGGGUCUGAGUUCCAUUCACACAAGCUGACCGAACUGGCCAGUGCAAGCCAAUAUGUGGUACAUGUCAUGGUUUCCAACAUGGAGGGCUCAGUCAACGGCUCUGAUUCCAGUUUGUACACAAAGAAGUAUGAUGAUGGUGAAAUUGAGAUGAUCGUGGUAUUGGUGUGCUUGGGCUUCCUCUUCUUUGUUAUUUUCAUAAUGAUGUUCUCCCUCAAGAAAAGAGAAGCGAUUAAAAAACGGUUUUGGCCAAAGGUUCCAGACCCCUCCCACAGCACAAUUGCUAACUGGUCACCUGACUGUCCCACUAGGGCGGACACUCCGAAAGAAGCCACGCUACCUGAUGUGAGUGUGGUGGAGGUGGACAUGUUUGAUGGGAAGUCUCUGUGCGAGGAGGACAAUGACAGUGCUUGCCUCUCAAAAAUGGAUAAGUACUUCUCAGAGGAGCACAGCGUGGCAAUUGGGGGCUCCUCCUGCAUGUCCUCCCCACGGCAGAGCGUGUCUGACAGCGAUGAGGGCGACUCGUGCCAGACCACCGCCAGUACUGUACAGUAUUCCUCUGUGGUAGCCAGCGGCUACAAGGGCCAGACCCCCAGCUUGCAGGCCCCUGUCUUUGCCCGUUUCUGAGUCCACACAGCUCUCUCCUGGACAUUGAGGAGACACCCAGAGCAUCUGCUAGAGGGCAGCAGCCACCAGAGAAGUGCUUACGUCAGAAGAGGCCGAGGCCUGGAGCAGCUGCAGAUGCAGGAAGGGGAGGAGCCAAGCUGUAGCCCCCUGAACUUCAGUUCAAUGGAGGAGGAGGACACACCCACUCUCACAGAGGAUCCACCUGGCCCUGCCACCGGUUACAUGCCACAGCAGAAUGGCUACCGACCGCAGUGAUAAAAGGAUGGUGAUGCUGCGGCAUUUCAUUGUUAACAAGGUCUGUGCCUUUAUUUGGUGACGUGAUUUCAUUGCCACAUUUUAUUGAAUGUUGUAGUAUUUUUCCUUUGGUUUCACUCUGAAUGCUGCUUAACCCAAGAACAUGUUAAAGACACACAUGUGCCUGACAAUUUCAGUUUUAUUUUGUAUAUCAACAAUCAUUUAAGAAGAAAAAUGUCUAAUUGUGGUGUUGCACAUACUGUGUCAGAGUGUAUACAUAAGAAUAUGCCUUAGUCAUAUGACUGUGAAUCUCCUUUAAAAUAUUUAAUAUUCAAAUAUAUACUAUGUAUGGCUCUGUUUAUGCUUUUCUUUUCUUUAUUGAACAAAGAUCCUUUUAUUUUUUACGAAGCAUUAAGCUGUUUACUGCUUUUGUAAUUUUUAAUUAUUUAAGCUAAAGGUCUUCGUUAAAGCAGGAAGGGUUAUAAAAUACUGACUAUAACUUUUGAAAAUAAUUGAAUGUACUUUUUAUUUCAUAAAUCUGUAAAAUAUUACCAGGAAAACUGACCACUAUACAUUGCUGUGGCCACACUGUACCAUAAAAGUUCCCAGUUUUCAAAGUUUUACUAGCAUGUUUUUAUCUGACUGCUUCUGCUGUAACUUGCAUUUGUUGGACUUUAGUUGGAGGUAGAAUUCAGCCCCAAUUUAUUUUCCUAAUAACAGCUUUGAAGCUCAGGACACAUGGCUGUGGACGAUCCACAGGGCGUGCUUUAAGUAGUGAAUAUAUGUGAAAUCUGGAAACUGGUGAACAAUUUCCUUGUUGCUUAAGUAUCACUGCACUUUUUUCAUAAUAUGCAGCUUCAUUCAAUCACGACUAAAACAUCUCUACAGGACUGUCAUAAUCUACUAGAAUGCGCAUAUUGUGUGUAUGCACAUGUGUAUAUGUAUAUCUGUACGAAAAUCAACACUACAUUAACUAAAUAGACACCUUUUUAAUGCAUGCCUUUUGUUAUGUGCACAUUCCCCAGGAUUGUCUGACAUUUCAUCAACAGAGUAUUUACACUUUGUAAUAACCUAACAUUGAAAUAAAGGGUAAUUUAUCAAAACAA